GUUUCGAUGGGGGCCUUGGAAAAAGUGUUUGGUGAGGAAAUGGCUUAGCUAUAUUCUAGCUAUAUUAAAUCGACUAUAACCAUUUUCCAAACAAGAGGAGGGCAAUUCAUGAGUCAGGAGAGAAGAUUGCUCUGUUGGCGUUCAAGCACAAUGGAUGCGCGUGAUGAUGCUCUCUAGAUGUUAUCAGUGGGAUGGAGCGGUGAUGUUACACUGGGUAACAAUUAGCAAGUCUCUUUCUCCUACAAAGAGAUUUGUGCCUCGACGCAAUCCUGUCUCUGAGCUCUAUGGACAAUUCUCGUCAACUGUGGGACAUUAUAAAGACAGAGGGACUGAGCCGAGAGGGCAUCUCCAGGGAGGCCUGAAACCUCUCCCCACAGACCUACCUGCUGCUGAAGACCACCACCUCCCAACACCAAUGACCUUCUCCAGAACCGUUGACUGUUGCUCCUCAGACCUUGUAAUGGAAAAUCGUGUUGAUGAAGUUGACCACCUGCACAACACGACGGAGGGAGAUGGGGACAGCACCCCUCUCCCAUGCAAGGGCAAGGGCAAGUUCUCUACCCUUGGCAAGAUCUUCAAACCAUGGAAGUGGAGGAAGAAGAAAAGCAGCGAGAAGUUUACGGAAACUUCAGAAGUUCUGGAGAGAAAGAUGUCGAUGAGGCGACCGAGGCAGGAGCUUAUAGAACAGGGAGUGCUGAAGGAGCUCUCAGAGAAUGAAGGGGACGAUCCUCACAGCCCCAAACAGUCCUACGUGAAGAAUGGCCACACCCUGCCCGUGGGUGGUGGUGGUGGUGGUGGUGGAGGGGGCAGAGGGCAGGAAAACCAGACAAGACCCCCCUCAGACCUUGGGAUGAACCCCACAGACUUUAAGAUUAACCCAGCCUGGCUGCCCCAGAUAGAGGACCGCAGGGUCCGAUUCCCCCCGGACGUAGACCGCCAGGGUGGCCCCAGAGGCUCCGGACAGCAGGAGGAGGGCCGGCGAGGAGGUGGAGGGUCCCAGGGGGAGGGGGAAUGGAAGUCUAACAUGGCCUGGCAGGGCCAGGCGAUGGUCCAGGUGCAGGGGAUGGGACAGGAGGAGGGUAGACGCGGGGGCAGACUCCACCCUUCUGACGGAGACAAGCGGCCGGGCCUGCAGAAGGCGCCAUCAGAGGACGGUAGGAGGAGUCGCCCUGCUGAGACCGCAUGGAAACCUACCCUCCCCCGGCACGCGUCCGCAGAGGAGGGAAGGGCCCGUAGAGAAUCAGAGAGCCAUUUUGUUCCUGACCCAGAUUUGCUGCGGGACACUCUCCGAGAGUCUCUGCCCCCCAAACAGUCCGUUAUGCCCCCCAAGUGGCCGAUGAGCUCCACCCCCGAGCCCGGCAGCGAAGGGUCACCCUCAUCCCACACCCCAUCCAACCACCCUGCAACCACGUACUCUUCCUCCUCUUCUUCCUCUGCAGUUGCAAUGCCUGCCCGAACUGUCUCCUCUGCAGGCGCCAACCCCCAAUCUUCAGCAGUAGUGUCCUUCGCUUCAUCCUCCACCCCCCAGGUGACCAAGCAGCCUCCCCUCCCCCUGCCAAAGCCCGUCAACAGGGGCGUUAAUGCUGCCAUGUUGGCCUCCACUCUACAGGGGGGUGAGAACCAGAAUGACUCCCAACUGCCCCUCUACUGGUCCUGCUGGAAACGCGAGGGCGACUAUGAUGUCUACCUGUCCCUCCCUGUCUACCUGUGCCGGCGGGAUGGCAGAGGCCUGCGGUCAGGCAACCUCACCCAGGCCGGUACCAGACUGGUGCCAAAUAAGCCCUCCCCACCGAUGCCCCCCAAGAGGACCACCCCUGUCACAAAGCGCAACCCGGAGGACCCGUCUGCGUCCACCCAGUCUGUCUCCACCCCCUCCCCUUCCCUGCUUUCUCCUGAGGACCAUCAUAACCACUCAGCAGGCUUCCAGAUGCCUCCCCGUCCCCGCCCUUACCCAACCACAUCCCCCUUCUCCCCCCGCCAGCAUCUGCAAGCGCACUACCUCCACCACCAGCACUCCUACCAACAUCCCAUCCCCCAGCCCUUGCUCUUUGACCCCCAGCCCCACCAGUGAGCCCCCCAGCGGCCGGCCCCCGUCCCCCUGCACAUCAUGAUCCAGAGGGCCCUGUCCAGCCCCGGCCCGGCCCAGCCACAUCCCGACGGCUCCCAGCGCUCAGCUCACUCCCUGCUCUUCGAGACACCGCCUGAGUACCAGGGGGACCGCAGCCGGCCCCUAGCCGUCAGCAUCCAGCCUCUGAAACUGGCUGAGGAUGACUACUCGGAGGAGGAGGAGGAGGAGGAGGAGGAUGAUGAAGAGGAGGAGGAGGAGUAUGAUGGGGAGCUCCCCCAGCCAGAGCUGGAGCCACGGAGCAGGAGGUGCAUGGUGGGAGAGCCCAGCAUCAAUGUCAUCCCUGAGGGACCCAACAGCAGUGAGGAGGAGGAGGAGGAAGAACAGCAGGACUUGCAAAGGGACGACAGUGACUCGGACGGGCCAGUGCUCUAUAAAGAUGAAGAUUCAGACGAGGAUGAGGAGGAUGAGCCUCCACCCAGUGCUUUGGCCAGCAGGGUCAGAAGGAAAGACACUUUAGCUUUGAAACUGAGUAACCGACACGCGCCAGAGAAACAUGCUCGAGAGGACAAGUCCAGCGGUCACACCGAACGAUGCACUCCGGGACACACACCAGGACACACACACCAAGGGUCAACAGGGCUGACGUGGCAGAGCAGGGAGCAAUGGGAGGCCAUACGCACACAAAUAGGCUCUGCACUCACAAGGCGUCUCAGCCAGAGACCCAGUGCAGAGGAGCUGGAGCAGAGAAACAUCCUUCAACCCAAGAACCAGGUAGACAGGCAGGCAGAGGUCCGAGAGAUCAAACGUAGGCUCACCAGGAAGCUGAGUCAGAGGCCCACGGUUGCUGAGCUUCAGGCCAGAAAGAUCUUGCGCUUCCACGAGUAUGUGGAGGUCACCACGGCCAAUGAUUACGAUCGGCGAGCGGACAAGCCCUGGACCAAGCUAACACCCGCCGACAAGGCUGCCAUUCGGAAGGAGCUCAAUGACUUUAAGAGCUCUGAAAUGGAGGUUCAUGAAGACAGUAGGAUCUAUACAAGGUUCCACCGGCCUUAGUAUCCACCCCAUACUGGAAAGCACUUUCUUAACCAGUGGCUGGCGGAGUCUCUGGAGAGGAGUCGUAGGGUCUUGGUGCUCCCUAAACAGACUGCCUUUUUAUGUUGCUGAAUGUAAGGUACAGAUCAUCAAGGAAGGCCCUGGAAUUGACUGAACUGAAAACAGGGGGACUGAGGACCAGAUGCAGUAUUUCUCCCGGACAUUAGGGGGAACCAAGUGCCAACAAAGUGGAGAGCUGGCAGAGGGGCUUGACCGAGAGGACUGACUGGGAGCCACUGCCAAUGUGUGUUAUCCCUCAGGGACUUGGUUCCACUGACAACGACCUUUUGCCUUUUUUCUGCUUUUACUCUGUAUGGCACAGUUAACCCAUGUUGCAGAGAUGUAAAUGUAAUAACAUUACAGUAAUAAUAGUCCUAAUAAUGACAGCUACAAUAAUAAACACAGUGAUAAUACAUGUUAGAGAGGAAGCUGCAGAAAGAGGAUGAGGAGGAAGACGACUGUGGAAUUUGCCGUUCCCCAAGACUGGAAAAGCUCUGGGAUAAUUGUGUAUAGAUUUCUGUGAUUUGUUAGACUGAAACUUUGGAGAGUUCUAAUAAUGACAACUGUAAUGCAUCAUAUUUUGAUCACAACAUAAAUUACUGCUUUUAUUUGAA